AUGGCACAUGUCGAAGUCGUAUCACCAGCCUCCUUCCUCGGUACGGUGUCGCCUAAAGGUGUUUACAUUCUAGGUUAUGGCUGGCUUUAUGGGAUGUCUGUGUGGGUGUCAUUUUUUGGAGGAAUAAUUGCUUUGCGGACGUUGCCUAGACACCAGUUUGGUGCUCUUCAGCACAAGACCUUCCCGAUCUACUUUUCUUCCUCGAUUGGACUCUCCUCGGCUUUGCUGGGGCUUUGGGCAUAUGUCCAUCCCGAACUUCUUGCCAACAUCACCAGUCCUCUUCGGGCUGAUGUUGCACAGGCAUAUGUGCUCGGAACUGUCAUAGCGCUACAGAGCUGCAACCAGUUCGUCGUUGGGCCAAUGACUAGCAGGACCAUGUUCCAGCGACAUAAGUUGGAGAAAGAAGAAGGCAAAAACUACGAUGAACCCGGCGUUUCCGCCCAGAUGAAGGCAUUGAACACGAAGUUUAGAAUGCUCCAUGGCAUGAGCUCGCUGGCCAACUUGGGUGCAGUCAUUGCCCUAACCUUUCACGGCCUGUGGAUUGGAAGCUACGGGUUGUGA